CAGAGAGCAGAGGGGGCACAAUCAAUUUCACAGAAAGGAGGAAGAAAAGACACAAGUAGAUCAGGAGGAGAGAGAGGAAAAAGGGACGCCAGGAGCUGCCGGCUUGGAGGAGCAUCACUCUGGAGCCUGUAGACAGUUUCCUGCAGGAGGGCGCGGCACUGAUUUAGAGCCCAAACAGGAGAGACAGACCAGCAGGACCAGAGACAUAUGAAGCGAAGCCAAGACCUCUAGCACGUGAAGCACAUCCUGACACCUGCUCACCUUCAGCGUGCGCGUGGUUGCCUCUGUGAGCAUUGCACUGUGAGCAGGUGGGACAUUGAUGGCACUGUGAGCGAUGCCUCACAUGCAGCGACAGCAGGUUUGCAGUAGGGGGCAGAGCUCCUCCCACCUCCUCCCCCUUGUCCUAGCCCUCCUUUCCCUCGCAGCCCUGCCCAGCCGGGCAGCCGUCGAAAUGUCCUCCAACUGGGACAACAAAAGGCCUCCUCAGAUCACCACACACCCGGAGUCUGUCACAGUUUUUAGCACCGAGGACCUCGUCAUGAAGUGUGAAGCCUCUGGUGUCCCAAUGCCCAGUUUCAGUUGGACUAAGAAUGGAAAGCCAUUUGACCCAAGUGCUGACACAGAGCUUAAUGUUACGAAAAGCUUUGGUUUGUUCGCCUUCUCCACACUCAGUAAAACUAUGGACACCCUGAAACCGUACCAAGGCAAAUAUGUCUGCUACGCCACCAACGAGCUCGGGACGGCUGUGUCGAAGGAAGCCAUCCUCAAAACUGAUGUUGCCCCUACCCAGCAGAAGCAGAAGGAGAAGGCGGUUACUGCGAAGUCUGAUGAGGGGAGCAGCAUCGUGCUGAAAUGUAACCCCCCUCAGAGCUCCAUGGAGCCCAUCAUUCACUGGAUGGAUCAGAAGAUGCACCAUAUCCAGCUGAGUAAGCGGGUUGUGGUUGGAAAGGACGGCAACCUUUACUUUGCUCAUUUGACAAUGGAUGACAGCCGGGACGACUACACCUGCAACGUCCAGUAUAUGGUGACACGCACCAUUCUGGCCCAGGAGCCCAUCACUCUGAAGGUUAACCCCUCCAAUUCGGUGGUGCGGAACCGUAGACCACACAUGAUGAGGCCUGCUGAAGCCGAAAGCACGUACCAGGCCCUCAGGGGCCAGACGAUAGAACUCGAGUGCAUUGUACAAGGCCUUCCAACUCCUGAAAUUACGUGGCUGAAGAAGGAAGGUGAGCUGGAUGAAUCCCGGACAUUCAAAGACAUGUUUGACCGACUCCUGCGCCUCAGUGAUAUCUCUGAAAGUGACAGUGGCGAGUACCAGUGCAUAGCCAAGAACACACAAGGGAAUGCCAAACACACCUACCAUCUGAAAGUAGAAGCCGCUCCAUAUUGGAAAGUGAUCCCAAAGAGUCUGAUCUAUGCUCCGGGUGAAAUGGUAAGGCUAGACUGUGCAGCAGAGGGUACGCCCUCUCCGACCAUCAGCUGGACCAGGAACGGAGAGGAGAUCUCAGGAACUGACUCCAGACAUACUGUGAUAGAGAAAAAUGCAUCAUUGAUCCUAAACACUGUCGACUUUGAAGACACAGCUGUCUACCAGUGCCGGGCCUCCAACAAACACGGCACCAUCCUCACCAACACCUAUGUAUACAUCAUCGAACUGCCUCCGCAGAUCAUUACAGAUGACCGGAAAGUGUACGCUGUUACUGAAGGCAAGAGUGCUUCGCUGGAGUGUGAGACCUUUGGCUCUCCUAAACCUAAAGUCAUAUGGGAGCGAGCAUCGUACCUUCUGGAUGAUCCCAGACUUCAGCCACUUCCCAAUGGAGGGCUUCAGAUCAUUAAUGUCAGCCAUGACGACGAAGGUCCCUACGCCUGCUCAGUUCAAAACUCCAACUUGUCAAUCAUAGCCGAGCUGGAGGUGUUCAACAGGACAGUGAUCCUGACACCGCCUAGGAACCAGAAGGUGCAGCCUGGAAACACAGCAAUCUUUACAUGUGUGGGCCUUUAUGAUACAAGACUGAGGAUUCCUCAAAUUCAGUGGAGAAAGAACAACCAGAAACUGAUGGAAUCCCCCAGUGAUGAAAAAUACACAUUUGAUGAGGCAGAAUUCAUAAUCGCUAAUGUGGAACAAGAUGAUGAGGGCAUUUACACCUGUGAGAUCAUCUCUUCUCUGGACAAGGUCGAAGCCAGCGCCACGCUCACUUUAUGUGAUCGUCCAGACCCUCCAAGCCUCCUCCAGAUCUCUGAUCCCAGGCAUCGUGCAAUCUCUCUCAGGUGGACUCCUGGAGAUGACCACAAGAGCGCUGUUCUAGAGUAUGUCAUAGAGUUUGAGGACCAAGAUUUGAAGGAGAGGGGUUGGGAAGAGCUGAAGAGAGUCAGCGGCAACCAGGAGCACGCUGUCCUCUCCCUCUGGCCUUACAUGUCCUACCGUUUUCGGGUCAUCGCUAUCAAUGAGGUGGGAAAGAGUGACCCUAGCAAACCCUCUGAAAUCCACAACACGCCAGCCGAAGCUCCAGACAACAACCCAGAGAAUGUCAGGAGUGAGUCCAUAAACCCAAAUACUCUCCUCAUCACCUGGGAGAAAAUGGACAAACGUAAUUUCAAUGGAGCUGAAUUCAUGUACAAGGUGCUGUGGAGACGAUCAGUGGGCAGUGGACCUAAGUGGCACGAGAGGGAAACAACCGAGCCCCCGGUCAUCGUUGAUGAUGUUGGCAAUUUCUCUGCUUUUGAAAUAAAAGUCCAGGCCUUCAAUACAAUGGGUUACGGGCCGGAGCCAGACCCCGUUAUUGGCUACUCAGGGGAGGAUGUUCCCCUGGAAGCUCCGAUAGGCGUGGGAGUCGAACUACUCAACAGUACUACGGUUGUCGUGACCUGGGCAGCUAUAGAAAUAGAGUCGGUGAGAGGACACCUGCUGGGAUACAAGAUUUACCUGAGAAGGAUGGGCUCCAGGAGCCACCGCCAUAGCCGGAGAUCCACGGAGGCUGAGAGCACUGUGGUGGAAGAGACUGGUCCCAACGAGAAAAUGAAGAUCAUCAGUAAUCUUAGACCGUACUCCAGAUAUCUCCUGUUUGUUGCCGUCUUCAACAAUAAGGCGGAGGGACCGCACUCUGAGCCUCUGCCCUUCGACACAAAAGAGGGAGUACCCGGUCCUCCCACAUCCCUGAUCCUUGACAGCCCAUCAGAGACAGAAAUGACCCUGCAGUGGACGCCCCCAGCCCACCCUAAUGGGAUCCUUACUGGAUACCUGCUUCAGUACCAGCGCAUUACAGAGAGCGAUGACGGCCCUUUGCAGAAGGAUGAGAUAGAUAACCCCACAGUCACCCAGUUUACCUUGAAGGGCCUGGACCGCCACAGCCAGUACCGCUUCUACCUGAGGGGCCUCACUGAUGCUGGGAAGGGAGAGCCCAUUAUGAUGACGGGGGCCACCACACUUGAUGGAGUUCCUCCCUCGGACAUCAGCCUGUCUGUGGGGGAAACCUCUGUAAAUGUCAGCUGGGAAGCUCAGAAGAGACACAGGAAUGUUGGUUUCUACAUCCACUACUUCAAAAAGAAUGGCGGCUGGAAAAAGUCUGAGAGGGUGAACUCUUCUCAGUCUUUCUACCAGCUUCGGGGCCUGGUUCCUGGUUCUGAUUAUCUUCUGCGCUUCUUCUAUGGGAACGCCUCAUUCUGGGAGACUGGCAUCAAGACAGAAGGAACAGAAAUGACAGAGGUGCAGGCCAGCAUUGCGACGCAGGGCUGGUUCAUCGGUGUUGUGAGUGCCCUUGCGUUGCUGUUGCUGAUAUUGCUUAUCCUCUGCUUCAUCAAGAGGAGUAAAGGAGGGAAAUACUCAGUGAAAGAUAAAGAGGACGGCCCGAUGGACUCAGAGGCACGGCCGAUGAAGGAGGAAACGUUUGGAGAGUACAGAUCUCUUGAAAGUGAUCUGGAGGAAAAGUGCACAGCCAGCCAGCCGUCCCUGUGUGAAGACAACAAGAUGUGCAGCGAGGACACCCUGAACAUUAACGGCAGCAGUGCUCUGACCACAGAGCUCAACUUGGAUGAAUCUCUGGCCAGCCAGAUCAGUCGUCGAAGUGAAGGUCCGGAGGGGUUCUCCCUGCUGAACCCCGCGACCAUUGCCCCAACCACUAAUGGCAUGCCCAAUGCAAUCACUAUCCUCGAUUAACCUCCACCAGAGUCCAUCAGACCAAAAUGUCAACACAUAUGUGCCCAUACUGUCCUGUUCCCCCCUCUGACUUGCUGAUGUUUAUUUUAAGGCCCAGUGCACAAUCAUACACAGACUAUUCAUACGCCCUCUGGCAGUCAUCUGACUGAUUAGACAUUUGUGACCAAAGGAGAGUCCAAAGUAGUGGACCAAGUGACACCCCACGUCCCAUCCUAUUUUUUUGUGUAGUUUACAGUUAAUUUAAAAAGCUGAUGUUUAUUUGAACCCUUUUCCUCUUCUUGUGUUGAACAACACAUAAACAUGUGGAAGGAAUGUUGUACAUUUUGAAAUAUCAGGGGUUUGAGGUGUGGUCACUUAGAUAUGCAGAGUAGUGCAUUAAGUAAACAUGGAGCGUGAUGAUGGAGCUCAGUGUAGGGAAACGGACAGCAUGCAGUACCUUGGAAACGUAUUCAUACUCCUUGAAUUUUUACAAUUUCUGCUGUUAUUACUACAAACAUCUGUAUUUUACUGGGAUUUGUGGCAGAUGAUCACAUAUUACCACAUAACGAUAGAGUGAAGCAAAACUUUUAAAACUUUUUUCAUAUAAAAAUCUGAUUCACACAAUGUGUAAACGUCAACCAUAGAUUCUCAUUUUAUCUUUCAUUUGUAUUUGAUUUAAAUCUGGACUUUGACGAGGUGAUUCUAAAAUAUUAAAUAUCUUUACUGUUUUUCUAAAUAACGUUUUACUUGGAUGUCAGUAAGGGCGCUAAAUAAAAAAUUAAUCUGUGAAAAAGCAGUGAUUGUAGUUUGAUAAAAUGUGAAAAGCUCAAGGGGUUUGAAUACUUUUGCCACUGUACAUUUUAAUCUUAUUUUUUACGUUAUUAUUUUUGUAAUGUAAUGAUAUGUUCUUUGCCGUUCAACGCAUCAGAUUGUCCUCGCUGGUGAUAUUUUAAAUUUUUUACAGCUUUGUGACUGAACACAAAACAGUUUUAUGGGCAUUUUUAUUUAUGAUCAUUUUCAUAUUUACAUUAAAGCUUGUAAUCUUUCAUAGCAUUUUCAAUAGACCAGGAUGUUUUCCAUUGAAAUCAAAGGAAACGGUCAAGUUUCAUUGUGAAACUUGACUGUGUAAAAAUAUCGAGUAGCACCUGGUGUAUAGCUGCAUCUGCAUCUAUCUAUUCAGCCAUAAUACAGUAUUAUAGAUAUGUAAAUGCUCCUUAUAGGUUCCUGUGCCUGCCGGGUCUGCAUAAAGCGCCAGAUUGAUGUCAUUACAGUCUCGCCUUCCCACAGCGUUACGUCAUUUUACUUUAAAUGGAAUUGUAACUUUUUCGGUGUCGAGACCUAUGUGUAGCUUUCUGUAACUGUCUUUGUCUCUUUCUACUCUGUAUUAAAAUGUUGUUGAGUUUAACUAACAAAUUUUUCAUACCUGUCCAUCUCAUACAAUACAGUUUGAUUGAGAAGCAGUAUUUGUUACACACUAGAGAGUAGCACCUGGUUUAGUUUUCAUCCUUUAUCGGUGCAAGCUGGGUUUUGCAGACAGGCUUAAUGACAGCCAGGUAAUGUACGAUAAAGGCAUAUUUACAUAAGAGAAUGUAUUCUUUUCAGGACGAGGUAAAUAUUGUAUUUCUGUGCUUUUAAACUGAUAAAGACUCUGGAAAGAUAGGAAAUGUUUUAAGUAAUCUGGAAAGGACAAUUUUUUUCACAGAAUGUAAAUAGAACCCUUCAAAAGAACCACAUUUGAUAAAAAAAAUAUUUAAAAUUGCGCAGUUUCUAAAACACCCAACUUUGUUAA